CUGUGGCGAGUGGCGACUAAGUUAAGAGAUUUAAAAAGACGAAAGUGAUAAACAGAAUGCAUUUUAAGGAAGCCUAAGGUCAAUAGAUUCUUGCAAUGUCGUUCAUAUAUAUUUGGACUUCCUCCAUUCAAAUUUCUUCUCAGUAUUACUAUUGAUAAGCAUCAGUUUGCAGCCUAAUUUGAAUCAUACGAACUUCAAUUGUUUCCGGGGUCUAUAUCAAGAGCCUUAGCAUGCCGCAUUUAGGGGUGCAACUCCUUGUUCAAGAUCGUCAUGUGGUGAUGGAUAAUGGCAUACUGCAAGUCACUUUGUCAAACCCAGAUGGAAUUGUCACUGGUAUACGAUAUAGUGGCAUCGACAAUUUACUUGAAGUUCAAAAUGAUGAAUCUAAUAGAGGGUACUGGGACCUCGUAUGGAAUACAGCAGGAACUACAGGAAUUUUCGAUGUGAUUAAAGGAAGAAGUUUUAAGGUUAUUGUAGAAACCGAAGAACAAGUGGAGGUCUCAUUCACAAGAACAUGGGAUUCCUCACAGGAGGGCAAACUCGUUCCCCUGAACAUAGAUAAAAGGUUUGUAAUGCUUCGUGGUUCCUCAGGAUUCUACUCUUACGCCAUCUAUGAGCACUUGAAAGAAUGGCCUGGUUUUAACCUUGGCGAAACUAGGAUUGCGUUCAAGCUCAGAAAAGACAAGUUUCACUACAUGAUCGCGGCAGACAAUAGACAAAGAUACAUGCCAUUACCUGAUGACAGAUUGCCACCAAGAGGCCAACCCUUGGCCUAUCCUGAGGCAGUUCAGCUUGUCAAUCCUGUCGAGCCAGACUUCAAAGGAGAGGUGGAUGAUAAGUACCAAUACUCAAUUGAAAAUAAAGACAACAAGGUACACGGGUGGAUAUGUAUGGACCCCGCAGUAGGGUUCUGGCAAAUUACACCAAGCGAUGAGUUUCGAUCUGGUGGACCAGUUAAACAGAACUUAACCUCUCAUGUUGGACCAACCACCCUUGUGAUGUUUCUCAGUGCUCAUUAUUCGGGAGAAGAUUUGGUGCCGAAAAUUGGAGCUGGUGAGGCAUGGAAGAAAGUUUUUGGACCCGUGUUUAUGUAUUUUAAUUCUGUGAUGGAUGGAGAUGACCCUCUUUCGCUUUGGGAGGACGCUAAAUUGCAGAUGUUGAUUGAAGUCCAAAGCUGGCCUUAUGGAUUUCCAGCUUCGGAGGAUUACCAAAAAUCGGAUCAACGGGGGAAUGUUAGUGGCAGACUAUUAGUGCGAGACAGGUUUGUAAGCGAUGAUUAUACACCAGCAAAUGGAGCUUAUGUUGGACUAGCACUACCAGGAGAUGUCGGAUCGUGGCAAAGAGAAUGCAAGGAUUACCAAUUCUGGAAUAGAGCAGAUGAGGGCGGCUAUUUUUCCAUCAAUAAUGUACGCACUGGUGACUAUAACCUUUACGCAUGGGUUCCUGGCGUUAUUGGCGAUUAUCGAUACGAUGUUUCCAUUACUAUUACAUCAGGUUGUGACAUUGAGAUGGGUGAUCUCGUGUACGAGCCUCCAAGAGAUGGGCCAACAUUGUGGGAAAUAGGCAUCCCUGAUCGUUCGGCAGAGGAGUUUUAUGUUCCUGAUCCUAAUCCUAAGUACAUCAAUAAACUCUAUGUUAAUCAUCCUGACAGGUUUAGGCAGUACGGACUGUGGGAAAGAUAUGCCGAAUUAUAUCCUGAUGGAGACCUGGUGUACACCGUUGGAGUUAGUGAUUACAGAAAAGAUUGGUUCUAUGCUCAGGUUACCAGGAAGAAGGAUGAUAACACAUACCAGAGAGCCACAUGGCAAAUCAAGUUUAAUCUUGACAAAGUGGAUCAUAAUGGCAUCUAUAAACUACGUGUAGCACUUGCAUCGGCUACUGUUUCUGAAUUGCAGGUUCGAAUAAACGAUCCAAAGGCCAAACCCUUAUUUUCGAGCGGAUUGAUAGGGAAGGAUAACUCAAUUGCAAGACAUGGAAUUCAUGGACUCUAUUGGCUGUAUGGUAUAGAUGUACCUGGUGCUCGACUUGUUGAAGGUGAUAAUGCUGUGUUUUUGACACAGCCAAGAAGCAUUAGCCCUUUCCAGGGGAUUAUGUAUGAUUACAUUCGUCUGGAAGGCCCUUCUUCUUCUAGUUCCAACUCACCUGAGACAUCAUUUUAGCCCAGUUGUAUUUUAUCACGCUACUUUCUGACAUUUUAACUUAUUUCUGUAGUUUUCUUGAAAUUUAAUGAUUAUAUGCUUAUGAGACGACCAUUAGAUGGUUGUGAAGAAAUAAAAAUCAAGGAAAACAUUUGGUCUGCGAGUUUCAAA